AUGGCAGAAGGAGUUUUGUUCGAUCUUGCAGGGAAAGUCAUUGAUGUGCUGGGCUCUUUCAUUGCUCAAGAGGUCAAACUGGCCUUUGGUGUCAAAACUGAGAUUGAAAAUCUAAAGAGCACAAUCUCCACGAUCCAAGCUGUGCUUCUAGAUGCAGAAAAGCAGAGUUCUCAUAGCCAUCAGAUCAAAAACUGGCUCAGUAAGCUCAAAGAUGUCCUCCAUGAUGCUGAUGACUUGCUGGAUGAUUUCUCCACCCAAGUUAUGCGCCAAAAAGUGAUGUCUGGAAACAAAAUGAAAAAGGAGGUACGCAUUUUCUUUUCAAGUUCAAACCAGCUUGCUUUUAGUGUUAAAAUGGGUCAUGAAUUAAAGGCAAUUAGGAAGAGACUAAAUGCCAUUGCAGAUGAUAGGGUGAAGUUUAAUCUUACUGAAAAUUGCAAUGAGCCACAAGUCAUGAAUAGGAGCAGAGAAACUUAUUCUUUUGUACUCAAAGAUGAAGUAAUUGGGAGAGAGAAUGAUAAGGAAAAGAUUAUGAAACGUCUUUUUGAUGACAAUGUUGUAGAGAAUAUUUCUAUCAUUCCAGUUGUUGGUUUCGGAGGAUUGGGCAAGACAACACUAGCUCAACUGGUAUACAAUGAUGAAGAUGUUCAAACAAAAUUUGAGAUCAAACUUUGGGUUUGUAUCUCUGAUAUCUUUGAUGUACAACGGAUUGUUAAAGAAAUUGUAGAACAGUUGACAAAGAGGAAGCAUGAAGAAAGCCUUGAGAUUUUACAAAAUCACCUUCGAGAAAAACUUAAUGGAAAAAAAUACUUCAUUGUCUUGGAUGAUUUGUGGAAUGAGGACAGAAAUAAAUGGAUUCCUUUAAAAAAUUUAUUAAUGGGGGGUGCAAGGGGAAGUAGGAUAAUGGUAACUACUCGCUCGAUAAAGGUAGCAAAGAUAAUAGGUACAACUACAACUCAUGAGCUUAAAGGCUUAGAUCCAAAAAAGGCUUGGUCAUUGUUUGUAAAAUUGGCAUUUAAAGAAGGUAAAGAACCAGAAAGCCAAACCUUUGUAACCCUAGGAAAACAGAUAGUUGGAAAGUGUUUUGGGGUGCCUCUCGCUAUAAGAACAAUAGGAAGCUUAUUGUAUGAUAAAACCACUGAAAUUGAGUGGCAAUCUUUUUUUGAUGAUGAACUCUCAAAAAUAACUCAACAAGAAAAUGACAUUUCAUUAACUCUUAAGUUGAGUUAUGAUCACCUUCCAUCACAUUUGAAGCAAUGUUUUGCUUAUUGUAGAUUAUUUCCAAAAGAUUAUAAGAUUUAUGUAAAUAAACUUAUUGAUCUUUGGAUAGCGCAAGACUUUAUUGUGUUAGAAGGUCCAAGGCAACGUUUUGUGGAUAAUGGUAGAAAAUAUUUUAUGGAAUUACUUUGGAGGUCGUUCUUUCAAGAUGUAGAAAAUGAUGAUUUGGGCAAUAUAGAAUCAUGUAAGAUGCAUGAUCUCAUGCAUGAUCUUGCAAUUCUUGUGUCUGGAAGGGAAAGUGUCAUAUUAAAUUCAAGUGGGGAAAAUGUGAUUGAAAAAGUUCAUCAUGUAUCAUUUGAUCUAGUGAAUUCAUCGAAUCAAUUUUCAAUCCCCGUGGCUAAUAAAAGGAAGAUACGAACAAUUCUUGCAGCUAGUGUAGAGGGAAAGUUAGGUAACUUAACUUGUGAUGCACUUAUUUCAAAUCUCAAUUAUUUACGCACAUUGGAUUUGAGUUGUUUAGGGCUACAUGUAGUGCCCCAUUCAAUUGGAGAAUUGAAUCAUUUAAGAUAUCUUGAUCUUUCUGAAAAUAAACAUAUUGCAGUUCUCCCUAAUUCCAUUACCAAGCUGCUAAAUUUGCAAACACUAAAACUUUAUUAUUGUAGCUCACUUAAAGAAUUACCCCAGCGCCUUAAGAAUUUGGUCAAUCUCAGGCAUUUAGACAUUGGUAAUUGCUACAAAUUGACGCAUAUGCCCCUUGGACUUGGGCAUCUUAUUUCUCUUGAGAUACUCCCACGGUUUGUCGUGAGGCAAAGGGGUUCCAAGGCUAGCUCGUGUAGUUGGUAUAAGAAAAAACAGGCUAAGUCUGGUGGUGGGCUAAGUGAAUUGAAGGAGCUGAGCAAUUUGGGAGGAAGUCUAGUCAUUAAGAAUUUGGGACAUGGAGAAGAUGACAUGGUGGAAUGUAAAGCCACAAAUAUGAAGCAGAAACAACAUCUUCAAGAGCUGCAAUUAUGGUGGGAUGAAAAGUGGGAUGAUGGAGAAACUGAAUGCUAUGAUGUCAUGUCACUGAAAGGGCUCCAGCCACAUCCAAAUCUUAAAUGGUUGGAAUUGUAUCAUUAUAUGGGUGUGAGAAUUCCAAGCUGGAUCUCUUCUAUCACUAAUCUUGUCAAAUUGAUAUUAUUUGAUAAUGAAAGAUUGCAGCACCUCCCACCGUUAAAUCAACUCCCUUUUCUCAAGGCUGUUUCUCUUAAGGGAAUGGACGCACUUGAAUACAUUUCCUCUUCUUCUUCUUCAAAAACACCAUUCUUCCCAUCCUUAUCUUUUCUUGAAUUAUAUAGAUGCCCAAAACUAAAGGGAUGGUGGAGGAAUUCAGAUGAUGAUGAUGAUAAUAAGCUAUACCAUCUCUUACUUCCAUCAUUUCCUCCUUCUCUUUCGACAUUAUGGAUUGGCAAAUGCCCUAACUUGACUUCCAUGCCCCUGAUUCCCGAUCUCACCUCUUUGAAAGAGCUAGAUAUUAAAGAUUGUCCCCUCUUACGGCUACAAAGGAAACAGUGA